AUGGCGGCCAACGUAAAUUUAACAGAAGAUAGUAACAAGGAAGCUCUACCGUUUAAGGUUUUCAAAAUCACAGUGUACUCUGUAAUUCUUCUUUUGUGUCUUCUUGGGAAUACUCUGGUGAUGAUCGUCAUCUGCAAGACCAAACGAAUGAGGAUUCCAUCAAAUCUACUCAUUCUCAAUCUUGCAGUUUGCGAUUUAAUAACCCCUCUCGCCAGCAUUCCAUUUGAUCUGGCACUGGAGGAAAAAGGCUACAUCUGGCCCUUUGGAAGAGUCCUUUGCAAAACUCUUUGGCCACUUGCGACGUUAUCGACCAUUUCUGCAUCUCUGACACUGGCCAUCAUCUCGCUGGAUCGUUAUCGAGUUAUCAUGCAUCCUUUUAAACAAAGACUCAGCUCGAGGCAAGUAAAAUAUUCCAUAGCGAUGAUGCAUUUAGUGGCUCUGCUGUUUGUAGUUCCGUACAUCUAUUACCUGGAUUUGGUUGGGGAAGAGUCCACUAAGUUUUGCGAGGAAACGUGGCCGCUGUUUUCCUACAGGCAGGUGUACACGUUGGUGCUUUUUAUUGGUCAGUAUGGAAUUCCCUUGGCGUUCAUGAGCGUGAUGUACACCAUGACUUUAUGCAACUUGCGCGCUAGUGCAAGUAUCUUUGAGAAGGUUCAACAACGUCCCAGUCGAGUGGCCGUAGAUGGAAACUUAAACAACCGCAAAAUGGAGAACUCUCCCGAUUUCCAGCGUAAAGCCAGCCGAGUGACACUAGGUCAGAGACACAACAUCUUGGUCGGCAAAGCUGGUCAGAACAUUCGAGCAACCAAAAUGUUCGUGACGGUUGUGAUAGUCUUCGCCACUUGCAGGUUGCCCAACGAGAUUUUCUGGCUUUGGUCAGAUUUCGGGAACGGACAGGACCAAGAUCACUCACCAAUAGUCGGAAUCAUCUGUAGAAUGUUCACCUACACCAACAGUAUCUUCAACCCCGUUAUCUACUGGAUGUUCAGUAGGGAUUUUAAAAGAGGGUUCAAACGAAUAUUUACCAGCGUAUGGAAACGUAAACAGGAUGGGUUAUUUGACGACUCUCUGGAUAAAAGUGAAAGUCACUUAAGAAAGAUCAGUUCUAUUAACGAAUCUUUUUCUUUUGUUUGGCGAAAAUUGAGCCGAUCAAAAAGUGACAAAGACAGCCCUAUGGAACUCAAGGAGAAUCAGAGACUUUUCAAGCCCACAAUUUCGAACAGUCCAGAGAGUUCCCCUAAAAAAACGUCAAGGAAGAUUUCUUUUCAUAGCGAGGAAUUUGCCCACGGCCCAGACAAGACCUUAUUAGGAAUAACAAAGAGGAAAAUACCUGGGUCAGUUCAACUUGACGACUCGUUUAGAUUUAUUAUGUCGCCUUCGCAACCUAGACUGUCAAAGAGCGGCGAGGAAUCUUCAUUUGAUUCAGCUCAAGAACAUGGAAUCGUCAGAAUCAGACGAUUAGGUACAGUAGAGCUACCGAGCGCACGACCCUUAAGCGAGCAUAACAUUCUAAAGACUACACAAAUUGCGACAGACGGUUUGACAUUUUUUCCAAACGAAAUGAUUGACGAGACGAUCGAAUCAAUCGAUUUAGCGGAGAAAGAAAACUCGCAGCCCAUAUCUGAUAAAGUAUCAUCCUUAGAAAUUAAAUGCUCGUUUGACAACAUGAAAAAUGACAGCGGCGGCGAUUGCAGAAAGGAAACGUUUUUAAAUCAUCGAGAUUUGCCAUCGAUUUACUUCAAAUUUUCAUCGUCGCUUUUAAACUUAGCUGCAUUGAAAGAAACCCGAUGUUAAUUUGGUUGCCAUCUGUCUCAGCGUAAAUGAAUUUAACCAAUUUACCACUGAUUAUUGCGUGCAGAAGAGUUCGAAAUCAGCAAAUGCGGCACCAUUUUAAUUUGCCACAGCCUUUAAAAUGUUUUAACCUUUAAUAGGGAGCUUAUUUUUGUUUGAGCUAUUCUCAGCGGCGCGUCGCCAAUCCUGCUCGUUCAGAAUAAUUUAUCACGAGACCCCGGGGCUUCAAAGUCAACUUGAUACGCGAAACCGUCCCCUAAGACAAUCGCUCUUUCUGUUAUUUUCUUUCUUUAUCGUGUUCUUCGAUGGUCGAUACAAACAUGUAGACUAAACUAUAUGGAUAAUUUUGAAUAUUUUUCAGAUAUUAACAAUACUAUAUUUAGCGAAAAAACUAUACUGAGAAAGACAUUUCAGACAAAGUAGUUUAGGUGCUUUCGUUUGUAAGUGAUUGCAGGUGAUUUAAGUUAUAAGAUUUGUUGAUAACUGUUGAAAACUGAACAGGCAAUUUAAAUGUGAAAAGAAAAGUCGCUUGCAUGUUCUAAGUUUUGGCUGUGAAGCAUUUGUGAAAGUUAUAGAUAAAAGAUUUGAACUGCCUCUUCUUACGCCAUGAGUUCCAUUAACUUCCACGAGAACUCAUCCGAAGUUCUAUCGUCUUCUCUUGCUAUCAAACAAAUUUAGAUCAAUAUUGUUUGCUUUUCCAGUCUAUGCAACAUAUCACGCGAAAAACAAAGUAACACUAGAAAAUCGAAACACCAACACACGAGACGUGGAUGUUGUUCUAAAAUCGGUGUGCCCUGCGCGUUCUCCCCGCGAGAUGUGUUGUUACCACAAUCAGAUAGAGAUCCUACCUGGCACAUAUCACUUUGAGGGAUACACCCUAUAUAGCAGAAAUUAUAUAUGAAGAAUUUGCAGGCAAGAUGAAGAUCAUUUUACAUGUUUGUUGAUUGAAAAGAAGCUUCUUGCUUUGAGUCAUAAAUCACUUAUAAUCUUAAUAAGGACAUUUAGUAGUUAGGAAGGUAACGCCAAGAGAGACAUCGAUUAAAAAAUUUUUGUAAGAAUUUCGCAAAUUGCUUGAUGUGUUUACCAUCCAGAUGUGUUUAAUCUCAGCUUAACUUAGAGAGCAGCGUCGCAUAUGAGUUCCAAAUGGAAACUUAAAUAAUUUGCCGUCGGGGUUUCUUUUCUCAGGUUAUGCAAAUUUUGAUGAUUUCGUGUUGUUAUUUUGCAGUGGUCGGCUAAGAAAUUAGAUCUUCUGAUUAACCAUGACCUCGUUGCCACCACCGUCAUAGUUAAAGGUUCUUAACUCCGGCCUAAGAAGACAGCCAUUAUUUAUCGCUUUAGGGAGGGGUGGGAGUUUUUUUUGGGGGGGUGGGUGUCACUUGGUUUUCAGGGGAACAGAGGGGGAUCAUUCGUCUUUUACAGAGUAUAAAGGGAGGACUGUGGAAAAUUGACUGCCAAUGAGUGGGGAUCUUUAGAAAAUUGUGGUCUGUUUUGAAAUUAAUGUCAUUUUUUAGGAUCCUCGAUGGCUCACAAACUUUUUUCUUUUUCAUUUUCUUUGCAACGACUUUUUGAGAAUCAAAUCAUACAGCAUUGUUAAAUACUUUUUUCAAAAUGGGACAGCAAUGGCAGAGUGGUGGCGCGGCGGUUCACGUUUCGUUCCCCGCGCUUGUCUCUUUACCAGUCUACCCCUUCCAUUUUUUCGCGAAACCAGGCUCUAGUAAAUUUGCGUGACUAAACAGGGACGCCUGACUCAUAACGUGAAGAGGAUUUCAAACAUGGCGGGUGUUCGCGAACUUUCGUACCUUUCUCUGACAGCCUUUUUCACAGUCGUUUUAAUAAUUAUCGCAAGAACUGUGAUGUAUUCUCAUCAGCCAACAGCUGCCUACCCAUGCAAACCAAGUGAUCUAGAUUAUAUCAAUGUAGACGAGGACGUGAAGAGAAGGUUUCAAACUGCGCUUUCUUUCCAAACGGUUUCCUGGAAUGUUGGAAAUUACAAUCGAGAAGAGUUACACAAUUUCCUUCAGUUUAUUCUGAAAGGUGAGGAUUGCAAAGGCAAGAUUUAUAAUGAUUUCCUGCUUUUUUUCUUACUCUAUUAAGGCAGACCUUUCAAAUUUUAGCUGAUUUCAAGGAUACAUAUAUACUGCAGCGUAUUAAUUGGUCUUAGUUUUCAUUAGUUUUGAACUGUAAAUUCGAAAACAGCUGGUACGUAAUAGCGGAAUUGAAUUUAAGUGUUACUCAGAAGUGAUUCUCUCCUGUCCCAUUUCAUGGUGCAAAAAGGUUUUUUUAUAAUCCUCAGCUGCAGAGAUGUCAGAGAAAUCGUAAUAGGGGUAUGAUCUGAACUGAGAGAUUGAAUUAUGCUUAGCGACACGUUUAUAUUAGAAUCAGUUAAAAAGUUCUUUUUUACUGUCUUUGAUUACAUUUCGUAAAGUAGCUCGGGUGCAAAAUGAUCUGACAGACUGCAAGUUUGCUCUGACUGCCUAAUACCUUCUAAAUUUAAUCCAGAACUGUCGUGCAUAAUGAAGACGGGUAAUGAUCUGACAUUUGUAGUUAGUGUGUGGUAUUGUUCAGCAAGUUUGUCAAAGAAAGGCUGGGAGUUUUUCCUCUUAGAUACAGAAUUAGAACAUACCUAUUAUUUAGGAAGGUAUGCAAAAUGGAACAAUACUUGAAAUUAAUAAGUGUUUAUGUGAAAACUAUUUAAUUUACGAUUAAUGUCAUCCUUAAUAAGGGUAAUGAUAAUGAUAAUGAUAAUGAUAAUGAUAAGGAAUUUAUAUAGUGCUAAAACUGUAAACAAUAAUCAGAAGCGCUUUACAUGAGUUCAAGUUCUAUACUAAUUAAAAUUAAACUAUUCAAAGGCAAUAAACAUUAGAACUAUUGAAACAAACUAAAAGCUUUCCUAAAUAGAAAUGUUUUAGCAAUGGUCAAAUUCAAAUGGCCCAACUUUUUUAGAGUGAAAAAAAAAAAAAAAUAGAUGUAUUAGUUUGAUGCUUGAAUUUAGUGGAUGUAUGCUGACCUAUGGUAGCUCAGAAAAUUUAUGAGAAGAUAAGUACAACACAAAUUGGAUGGCAAGGAAUUGUUUGACUUAUCUAUUUCUUGCAGAGUUUUCAGAUGUGUUAAGCCAUUCCCUUGUUGAACACAAAAUUAUUGGAAACUACAGUUUGCUUGUUUCCUUAAAAGGAAGUAACACAUUGCUAAAGCCCUAUCUGAUUGCUGGUCACUUUGAUGUAGUACCUGCCACCAAUGAAUCAUGGGAAGUACCCCCCUUUGAAGGGCGUGUUCAAGAUGGGUACUUCUGGGGAAGAGGAACUUUGGAUCACAAAAAUGGAGUCAUGGUACUUUGGAAGUGCUUUCGUUUUAUAAAGGAGUUCUUAGUUUAAGGGUUAUCAAAAAUAUCUUAUAAAAUCUCAUAAAAAACAGGAAAUGCAAUCAAUGAUAUCUACAUUAAUUGCCAGCAGUUGGCUUCAUUUAUAUUGUUCAAUGCAGACACAGAAUUGCCCACUUCGAGCAAUCCUGUGUCUGCAUUGCAACUGUUUUGAGCAAGGAUUUGACUUUCAGCCAUCUUCACACUCAUAACUCCCAGUCGUACAGGAAGUCAUUGGCGUUUUUUUUCAGAGAAAGACAAAUGUCAUCAUUAUCAUUGUCAGCAAGGAGAUAAUUUUGAAAUGUUAGUUAUCCUUCUUGUGAAGGUCAGUGAAGAGGUCACAUUUUAGUUGUUUGCACAGUAACUGUGUGAAACUAAUUAUUUUUGACCCACUUUCUUUUGUUAUGGUUAUGGUUAUCAUUAUCAUUACUGGUUUUUUAUUUUAAUUCACAUUAUAAGACUCUUUUAUACUUUCUAUUUCCUGCAGAGUUUGGCUGAUUUGCUCUGUUUGAAUAAAAUUUUAGUACAGUUUUACAAACCUCAUACUAAGUUAGGUGCUAAUUCCAACUUAGCAAUUUAAUGUAAAUCAUUGGUGUUUUUCAUCCUAUGUAGGGCUCCCUGGAGGCUCUCAAAUUUCUUCUCAAACAAGGCCACCAACCACAGCGCAGCUUUUUCUUAGCUUUUGGACAUGAUGAAGAGGUGAGUUGAUGUAAAAUGAUUUAUUCUGAUUGCAUUUUGGUUUUUUAUGGAUUUAUCAAUAGAAAUUGAAAUAGGUUUAUGAUCUUAGUAGGUGGUGGAAUUAAAUUUUGCUUGUAUGGCAUGUUUUGUGCUCCCUUGGAAAAAAUUUUAAAAUUAGAAAUUUUCUGAGACAUGAUCUAUAGCAUUCUGGGAAACAUUUGAGUAACUCUUUUUUGCAGUAAAUUGAUGAUAGACUCAGUUAAAAAAUACUUAUUUUCUGUCAUUGAUCACAAUUCCCAAAGUGGUUGGCGGAAUAUGGUCUGACAGCCAGCUGCCAGUUUUUUAUUACAACCCUGCUUAUUUUAAAACUCUUUAAUCUCUUAUCAAUGGCACCCACUCAUGUCAAGACAGUUCAAACAUGCUAUUUUUUAAAUCAUUUUAUGUCGUCAUGUCAUGUUACAAAUCUGAUGACUUUUAGUGUGGUGUGACGUCAAAUAUGAUAUCAUUGUGAUCAUGUCACAUCAAUGUCGUGACAUGUUGUGUAUUGAUGUCACAUCACAGAUCAAAAUGUCCUGCCUCUUGUGACAAGUCAUGUUAAUAAGAAGUGCCAUGUCAUGUUAUGUUACCUCAUGUCACAAAAUGUUAUAUCACACCCAUCCCAUGUCACGCUGUGCUCAUUUGUGAUAUGGCAGUACAUCAUACGAACUCAUUUGAAGAUUAUGAACUAAGACUCCUAACCACUUUCAAAGGGUCUUUUCCUUCCCCCCCCCUCUCUCUCUCCCCCCCUCCCCCCCCCCCCCACUGUUAGGGUAAGACGGAGAGAGGGGUGGAGAGGUACAGGAAAAAGAGAGAGCUUGGUAAGGAGGUUGCUGUCUUUUCUUGUUUGCUUAUGUGGAUAGUUGAUUUUUCAAAAAGGUCCUAGGAAUCGAUGGAGCAAAGCAAAUUGCAGCAUAUUUAAAAUCUCAAGGAGUGAAGCUGGAAUUUUUAGUUGAUGAGGGAACAGUCAUUGUUAAAGAUGCUUUUCCAGGUCUAAAGAAGCCAUAUGCUUUGUGAGUAAGACAAAAACCUAUGUUUUAUUUUUCAACUCAAUAUAUACCAUAGUUUUAGAAUAGUUAUGGUGGAAGGCAAUUCCCGUCAGUGUAAAAGAAAUUGAAAUAUUUGUCACUGAUUUUGUAGCCUGCAGAAUGGGUGUCAUCUUUCCUGUUUUAAGGGCGAGCCACACCCUGAGUGGAGUGUAAGGGGUGAGAAAUGUGGGGUGGGGUCAAGAGAGAAUGGUCCCUUCUUUGCAUGGGUCUCCACCUUAUCAUUUGCUGUAAUUGGGUUUAUUUUGCCACAUUCCCAGAUUCUCCCCAGCUGAGGAAAAAAGAAUGAAUGAACAAGGAAGGAAGAAAUCCUUAUGCUCUGCAGUUGCCACCAAUGUUUCUCGCUUUUUGCUCAUAGUUCAAAGCUGUUAUUAGUUCUGACUAAAAAGGAGGCAGAGAAUGAUUUGUACCUGUAACCUCCUCAAAUCCCAUGAGUGACCAAGAGUGAAGUUCUCCUUACGAUAUCAAUACAAUAUCAAGCAGACAAGUGAUGAGAAUAAAGAGGAAAUAACGAUUAGGAGAUAUUUAGUUGAUCCAAUACCAAAUUCUCUAAGCUAACAUCAUAAGAAUUGUAUGGCAUAUAGUAAGGAGAAUUACUAAUGAGAUCUUGGGAGUGAAAGGGUUGAUUAUUAGCAUCGUAAGAGACAAAAAGGCGGUAACAAUAUAUAUUGGAUCCGUGAUCGUGUGUAUUAUUUUGUCUAUAGAAUUGGAGUAGCAGAAAAAGGCUACAUAACGCUAGAACUAAGUGUGCAAACUUCAGCUGGGCAUUCGUCAAUGCCACCUAGGGAGAGCAGUAUUGGAAUCCUGUCAAAUGCUGUUGCAAAGUAAGUCUUUGGCAUUGUAAAUUCGUAAUAACUUUCGUUGUUAACUGCUUUGGUCGCUUUCCAACUUCUCAUCCUUUUUAUCCGUUUUCCAAUCCUUCUUUUCGUUUCUUCUGUUUUAGUCCAUCCGUGCGUGCGUGCAAACGUGCGUGCGAUUGUCCUUCUGUCUGUUCGUUUCUUUGCACGUUUCGGUUAUCAUCUCGUUCGUCGACAUUCAUUCGUGCGCUCGCCCCCGUUCAUUUGUUCGUUCGCUCCUUCGCUCGUUCGCUCGUUCGCUCGUUCGCUUUCUUGUUCGUUCACUCGUUCCGUCGUUCGUUCGCCCCCUCGGACGACCUUUUGUUCGUUCGUUCGUUUGUUUCCUGGUUAGUUUUUCCUUACGUUCAUUUGUUUAUUCAGUCUACCUCUUCCAUUGUUUUCAUUCAUUAGCUUCUUGGCCUCUUCAUCCUUCCCUUUCGUCUCUCUCUCUCCAAUUUCUGAUUGUCUUACCCUCUUGAAUAACCCCAUGCCAUUUUUUUUUCAUAGAUUAGAGACCUGUCCCAUUCCUGCUGUAUUUGAUUCCACUGGUCCAGUAAGGGAAAUGUUUGAAAAUUUUGCCCCUCAGGUAAAGCCAACUGAAAGGCGUAGUAUACCAAAGGUACCCCAAUCUCGAUGUACAGGUACAUCGGUGAUACUUUUGCGCAACAGCAGCAACAUAAGGAUUCGUUUACGAAAAACGGUUGUCUUGACAAACAAAAAAAAUUGUUUUGUGAUUUGAUUUGGAAAAUACGCACUGUAGUGCGUUUCAGGGUUGUUUUGAAGCCGAUUCACAGUAAUCUAGUCUGGGGAGCCAAAAUUGAAAAAAAAACCUGAAUCGUCACAUUUUUGACUUGAAACCACACUGGCGACCAAAAAAACGCCGAUUGAAGGGGUUUUGGGUUUAUUCUAUAGUUAUGAGACCAGGACGUUUUUUUGUUCAUAAAUGAAGCUGUUUUCCGACACAAAUCCUUGUAUUUCCUGAUGUCGCAUACCAACAAAUAUUACAGUGGUACAAAGAGGUACACAGGGCUACCUUCGACUAUAAAUAAGCAAUAUUUAUAGUCAAGAUGAAUAUGCAGUUUUACAGGUUUAUUUAAUUGGCAUGACGCGAAGCAGUCAUUUUGAAAUUAAGCGCCCCUGCUAUAAUCACAUCGCGCAAGGUGGUUAUAGCAAGUUAUGACGCAAUCCUCGACCAAUCAGAAUGCGCGCAUCUCUAUAAUCACCUGAACAGUUAUUUGGAUAUUUGUCCGCGUAUGUUAUAUUUUCAUAAACUUUGAUUGUUACACCGAAAAGUUCUAACAAGCAAGUUGCUAAUAAAGUAUCUUUAUUUCCCAGGUUCCAUUCUAUCUGAGGGCUAUCUUAGCAAACCUGUGGCUUUUCAGCCCAAUUGUUGUCAGGUAUGUUAUAUAUCAAAAAUAGCUACCCAUGCCAAUCGAUCUGCUACGAACGUGGGACAAAUUAUUUUAUAAUAAGUGAGAUACUACGAGCGCCCUGAUUGGUUGAAUUGUACCAGUAAAACAUUGAUAUUUUAUAAAAGCACUAGGUUACAAUUUUUAUCGGGUUUUCAAACCACAAUGUGCUCAGAAUUUCGCCACUAACAACGAGAACUCCCUACCAAGGUACACUAGAUGUACGCAAAAAUGCUACACUCGGGAAAUUUCAAAGAAAUACGAUACUUAAAUACUUAUUGCAAAAGCUGACGAGAUUUUUAGAUUAGAUGAUAAUUUUGCGAGACUUGUGAUUUUUCAACAUGCCACCCGUUUCAGUGAGAAAAGCUGAGGGUAGUUCGAAUUUGGGAAGACUCCAAGGAACGUCUUCUCACCUGAUGUAAAAGUUGUUCUUUCCAUAUAGAAUCCUUGAGAAGAAACCUACAACAAAUGCUUUCCUUCGGACAACAACUGCUGUAACUCAGUUUAACGCCGGAGUCAAGGUUUGUGUUAAAAUUAUUUUGAAUAAUGUCAACGUUUUGAUGUUUUGAAAUCGAGGGAGAGGCUCAUGUGUAAAAUUUUUGUCAGUACUAGCUGCAUAAAGCACUCGCGAUUUGUCCCUCCAAACGAUAGAAUUUAAUUGCACUAGUGACUAAAUUAAGUCGAGCACCCACCAUCCCUGCGGCGUUCUUUGCAUAGUUACGUGACCAGCUGCAACCAAGGUCCUUUUACGAAGGAGGAAGAGAGAGGACCUUGGGAACGAGGUUGCUUGGCCCUGCACAAAGCUUUCAUGUGCAUCAUACCGGGAUCAAAUAUCAAAGCAUCAUUUGUGGUAGAUAUUGAGAUAGGUCGGCGAAUAAAAUAAUCAAUAUAGGCGUGCAACCAAGAAAACUAUGAUAUCAUAUCUUUUAUCUUUCAUUCUUUCUCUUUUCACCUCCAAAUAGGCCAACGUGAUACCCUCCUCUGCAAGAGUCACUGUAAACCAUCGGGUUCAUCCGAGUAACACGAUUGAAGAGGUGAGGACACAUCGCUCUGCUUAUUUACAGCAACCUUAAGUUGAGUGUGGCAAGUAUUCCGGGAUUGUUUUGUUUUUCUUGCUUCGUUCUGUGAUUGGUGUAGAAAACUCGCGCUACUUUCUCAACCAAUCAGACAGGGGAAGUACGCUUAAAGUAAACCACAGAUUAACUUAAAGAAAAAAGUUCAAAACAUAACAGGGAAAAAAUAAAUAAAGUUUUGUUCUCUUGUGUAGGUUCUGGAGCAUGACCGUCGCUGUAUUGACGAUGAUCGUGUUAGCAUUCGUGUAAUGCAGUCAGCAAAGCCCUCACCCGUCUCUAGCUGGGAUAAACAUUCAUUUGGAUUCCAGGUAUAAAAAACAAAACAAUGAACAAAACAGGAUUAUUGCAAGAAACUCUCGGAAAUAGAGUUCAUGGUGGGGCGGGGGGAGGAGGGGCGCUUUAAGGAAACAAGUUCAGGGAGGGGAGGGUGUCUAUUUGAUGUUGGUUACGUUUUAUUUGGCUGUUUGUGGACCCUGUCGAAAUGUGACCUGUAAGUAGUUUGUUGAUCUUUGACUAUUGGAUCAAAGUCAGUAUCUUAACUGUUGUGCACCUAACCCUCCCCUAACCCUCGACUGUUGUCGGGUUGAAGGAAGGGUAGGUGUGCAGUUGUUCAGAUAGAGACAUUGAUUCCUUGCCUUGGCUAACGAUGCAAAGAUCUACUUUGAUCUUUAAAGCUAAUUCAACGAAUUACUUUUUUGUCAGAGAUGCAUACAUUCAUUCAUGUAAAAUUGUUUUCUUUUAUUUAUUUAUUUUUUAAUUUGUGUUCCUCACAGGUUAUUUCUCAAAGCGUGCGGCAAGUUUUCCCAGAAGUUGGCGUAUCGCCAGGUAAGCGCCUGAAAUACAAAUCUUACACAGGGUAUCCUAGUAGUUGGCAAUUUAUUUAUUGUUUUGGAAAAAAAAUAAACAAACUGAUGGAGAAAUUUGAGAAAAAGAUGAAUAUAGAUGAAUAGUUAUUCGUCCAGGGUGGGGAGGGACAAACGACCCCCUCCUCCCCUAUUGGUGUUGUUAACAACCCUGAGCUUUUUAGUUCAAGGUAUUAAGAACUCUUUUCCCCGUUGGAUUUCUUCUCAGGACUUAUGAUAGCAAACACAGAUACAAAGUAUUAUCUAGAGCUCACAGAUGCCGUCUACAGAUUUAUGCCAUCAGUUUUGACACCCGAGGACGCCAAACGAAUCCAUGGGUUUAAUGAAAGAAUUGGAGUCAAGAAUUACGAAAAGACAAUAAAUUACUUCUAUCAUGUGAUGAUUAAUGCAGAUGCAGCAAGUUUAGACGCAGAUACUGAACACACCGAACUAUAACAAGCGAGGAAAGAUGACUUCCGAAGACUUCAGGAAGCUUCUGGAACACGAAGCGAAUCCAUGCUGAUGCUAAAUCUGACUUCGUUAACCAAGAAAAAAAUUCAAAUUUUUAAAGAAUGUUUUGAUAUUUAUCGCGAAAAUAUUUUAUCUGCAGGUACAACGUCCUACAAGUUUUCUUACCAUAAUUAAUUAUGUUGAGUACCACCCAUAAAGUAUUUUUUGUAAGGUGGCUUCAGGAACAUCUAUUGGACUAGUGAUCAUGUAGCUAUGGGAUGAAACUCUCAUCUCAGUAGAUCAGGGAGAGGCAACUGCCAUAGCUGUUUCUCUUGGCUCCUGUUUUAGCGUCUGACGGCACCAAUCAAAGCCAAGACACAGGUAAUGAGCCCCUACUUUAAUGAUUGUAGAUAUCUUUAAUAAGCAUAUACCACUCAGGUGUCCUUUUUGUGCGUGCUCAUUGGCUGGCUGGUUCAGAAAUGAUUUGCGUGUAUAAUUCAUCUCUAUUACACUGAAGAGAUAUUUAUUUCUGGCCAUUUUUCUGGUAUAUUGACUAAUUAUUUUUGAUUAAGGGGGUACGUUUUUAAAGGAAUUGUGGUGCUGCAUUGGUGG